AUGGAUUAUAACAACAAAGACGAGGCUCCUUGGAAUUGGCAUAAGGAGGAUGAUUACGGUCUCCAGAGGUCGUCAAAUUUUGAUAUUUCACAAGAGCUGUGGAAUCAAGUUCCUCGAAAUGUAGAUCUUCCUAUCGUGCUCGAUGAUGAAACAACCCCUGUGAAGGCUUGUGGGGAUUUUGCAUACAAUGUCAAUAAUGGUGAAUCAAAUGAUAUUCAAAAGGGAGAGGUGGAAUGUUUUGAGACUUGUUCACAAGCCAAGAGACGGAGGAUGCUGCAGUUCAACAAUCAGAACGGGAAUCAUUCCCUUACUGAUGAACCAAUAUCAUCGGCGUAUUUGGAAUUAAAUGGGACGGGUGACUCCAAUGCGGAUAUAUUCCCUGAAGUGUCACAAUGGCUAUCUGACGUUUCAGAUAGUGCUUCUGCUCCCAAUUACGAGGACUUACGGUCAGCUGAAAGGUGGCUUGCAGAUUGCUUCAAAGAUACUGAUAUGCAAAUAUGUCCUGUGAACCCGAAUUUUGCUGCGGCAAAUAGUGUUCAUGUUGAUGUUACUGGGCUCUCCAACUUAACACCACCACCAGUUGAGCAGAACGUGGUUCAGCAUCAAACUCCAAGAAAAAUUGUCUUCAAAGGUCGAAAAUCUAUCAUGCAAACACCGACAAAGUUAGCUUCUACUGUGGCCUAUCCAUUUGCCUUCAUCAAACCCUGCGGUGUCCAUGGAGAUGUCACUCUGAAUGAAAUAAAUAAGCGCAUUCAGACUCCACCUCCUUCAAAAUCAAAGCAAAUGAAAGAAGAUCCCAUAGUUUACCCGAAAUCGGCUUUUUCUGGUAAGCCUGUAGUUGGAAAGACAAAGAUUCGCACCGAAGGGGGAAAAGGUAGCAUCACAAUUAUGAGAACUAGAGGCUAG